AUGGACCCCGACGUGCUGGUAUCGCACCUGGACGACUUCCGCGACGUGCUCAUCAAGAUCAACGAUGAUCUGUCGCACGCCAAGUCCCAGUUUGAACGUCUGAAACGGAUGGACGUGGACGAGCAGGCGGCGUUUGUCGACGAACACACCCGCGGCCUGGACGCGACGAUGGCCGCGAUGGACGCCCUGGCGGACGACGCGUGCGCACACUUUCGUAGGGGCCACGCGGACGCCGCGACGGGCCUGGAGGAGACCGAGCACGCGCUGCGCAGGCAGGCUUCCGAGGUUAGCGUCGCGUUGCUGUCGCAGGAUGGCGACCUCAAACAAACGCGAACCGCGCUGGACAAUCUGCGUGAGUUCACUCGCGCGGAGUUGAGGCACCAGCGCGAGGUCAGCGAGUGGACCGUCCGCGCCGCGCACGAUUUCCUGGAGGACCUGCGGGAGGAUAAGAGGAAGGUGGCGGCGGAGACGGUGGGGCGGGUGGGGCGGUGGCACGCGGGCGCUCGGACGCGGCGGUUGGCGCGUCACCGGGAGACGUUUGGAGCGCUCUCCGCGCACAUCGAGCGGAGCGCGGAGACGCAAGGGGCGAAGACGCUGGAGCUGCGUGAGGUGAUCGACAGGGCGGACAGGCGGCUGGGUAUCAGACGCCGGUGA